AGUAGGAGGUAGGAGUAGCCGGAGUAGGAGUAGGAGGUAGCAGCAGGUAGUAAAUAAGUAAAUACGUAUAUAAAAGUGGAUAAGCGGAUAUUUUUCACGUGUGUUCACGUGGAUUCGUUUCGACUGUCGUCUAUAAUACUUGUAAUCCCGAAUGAGUCGCAACGUGUUCACGCCGUUCACGCUAACAUGGAAGAAAAGUCGACUGCGAGAAAAAGACUCGAUUACGAGGACAAGCUCAUCCUUGCGCCCAUGGUGCGCAUCGGGACCCUUCCGAUGCGUUUGCUCGCCCUCGACUACGGCGCGGAUAUAGUUUACACCGAGGAAUUGAUCGACAGAAAACUACUUCGUUCGAUUCGUCGAGAGAAUGAUGUUUUAGGCACGGUCGAUUACAUCGAUAAGACCGACGGUACCGUGGCGUUUCGUACUUGUCCUCGGGAACGAGAGCACGUGGUUCUUCAAAUUGGUACGUCCGAUCCAGCAAGAGCGGCUCAAGUCGCUCGUAUGGUGGAAAAUGACGUUGCAGGCAUAGACGUUAAUAUGGGUUGCCCAAAGAAAUUUUCGAUACUCGGAGGAAUGGGCGCUUCUCUUCUCAACGAGCCGCAGAAAGCGACCGAUAUCUUGCGGAAGCUGGUCGAAACGGUAUCAAUACCGGUCACGUGCAAAAUACGCGUUCUGCCCGAUCUCGAGGAAACUCUUGGACUUUGCGACGCCCUCGCCUCCACCGGUAUCGCAGCCAUUGCCGUCCAUGGUCGCACUAUCGAGGAGAGACCGCAGCAUCCUAAUCGCAACCACGUUCUCAAACAGAUCUCGGCUAGACUUUCGAUACCGGUUAUCGCGAAUGGCGGAUCCAAAGAUAUUCAAAAACAUUCCGAUAUACUUAGAUUUAAAAAGGAAACGGGUUGUAGUAGCGUAAUGCUCGCUCGCGCCGCUGAGUGGAACUGCUCGAUAUUUCGUAAAGAAGGUCUUCUUCCAAUGGAAGAUGUUAUAAAGUCGUAUUUAAAGCACGCGAUCAAUUGCGAUAAUCCACCUUCCAAUACCAAGUAUUGCGUACAAAAUAUUCUACGAGAGCUUCAGGAAUCUCCUUUAGGCAGAAGAUUCCUCGAUGCGCAAACGCUGGAACAAAUAUGCCAAGUGUGGGGAUUGAAUGAUUAUUGCCGAUCCAAAAGUAAAGAGUUUCGAGAUAGAGGUUUAUUAGGUCGCUUUCAAAUAACGCCGGGAAUCCUGGAUAAAGACAAUGGCGUUUCUUACAAGAGAAAAAUUCACGAAGAGGAAGAUGUUUCUCUGAUGCGUUGUGCUUUUUUAAGAAACAGUUACGUGACAGACUCGGAGCUGCCAAAGACUAGGCUACUCAAGUGGACCAAGGAAAAUCAUAAAAAAAUACCAAUAUACGAUACACGGCAGGAGAAUAAGCUUUUUUGUUCUGUUGUUACUGUGGAUGGCAGGAAAUAUGGUUCCUCCUUCUGGGAAAAAAAUAAAAAAUGGGCCGAACAGGGUGCUGCUUUGGUAUGUCUCUACUUUUUAGGAAUUAUCGACGAGAAAAGUCUUGCCGCUGGUGGCAACAUUCUUUCAUGAUAAUAUCUGCUUUAUUCUAUUUAUUUAUCAUGCAAUCAAAUUUCCAUAUAGUAAAAUCUUGCAUUGUGAUCUUGGCUAGAUGUAAGAGUUGAAGUUUUGUAAAUUGAAGUUAUAUUUCAUUUAUUUGCCAUAUAAUUGUGUAACCAUAUUAAAGUGGGAAGGCAAGUUAAAUACCGAGCGUGUAACAUUUUUACUUUGUACAUGUGCCAUUAAAGGGAUAAUAAAAAAAAACUUUACAAUACGGA